AUGAAUAUCUUCCGGGAAGUGUUUGACAUCCGGGUUGGUGAGUUUUCGGCUACGACGGAGCUGGGGCGUGAGUUGCGGGACUUGCGCAAGGAGGUACGCAAAGACCUAGAGUUCCCGACUCGGUGCAAAUGUGGCGACCUCCAGAAAUGCGCUUUUCAUCGCCAGGGCCCGGAUGAUCGCUUCCGGGUAGCAGACUCGGAGGAGUUUUGGGGCUACGCGAAUUGGGCACGGGAGGAGUUCGAUCACUAUCCUCUGAACAUCGUCGGUGGGGCUACAGGUGACUUCGAGUUAAGUGAGCACGACGCCCUCUGCCCAGUAGCCCAGGACUGGUCGCAUGGAUGGCAUUGCGCGCCGGCCCCAGAAAGCAACUCUGCACGCCAGCAAAUUGUGGACAACGUAAAGGAAAGGGUGCACGGGGUCGGGACUAAUGACAAGAAGUUCCUGGGGAAAGUUUCCAGGCACAUAGGCAUCGCAGCGCUAACGGACUGCAUUGGAACGCAGCAACCAGUCCCGUUGACAGUGCGCCACCCCACGUGCGGACGGGUAGGCACACCGGGUCACACCGAGGAGGAAGACCACUACCUGCAGGGCCUUCACCACGAGCUUUUUGACAUUCUCGACGAGGUUCGCGCUUUUCCUUUUUUCGGUUGCUCACCAUCGUCCUUCGACCCUGCACAGUACAGGGCCUAUUUCCUGCAAGACAGCGUUCCGCCGGUGCGCUUUCGGCUGCAGUGGAUCACGUGCGGGUGCGACAGCUGCAAGAAGGCCAAUAACGGCCAGCGUGGGUGGUUCAGCAACCUGCGUCUCGCUUUUGUACACAUGCGGGAGCUGAAGGAGCGUGAGGCCAUCAGGGAGUUUGCCGAGCAAGUUACGAAAGCAGAGCAGGUGCAGGGGCCAGGUGCUGUGCCCGAUCCUUUAGUACGCCGCAAGCCGCCAACUGCCGACCCGCUGGUGAAGGCCAACGCGAAGAAGUGUUUGUUGGAUGGCCUCCGCGCAAUUCGCCUUCCCACCCACAUAUCCCUUACAAAGGACGACAAACUGCUUGUGAAAGUGCCGCUCGGUAAAGACACUGCUGGAAAAAUUGUAUACAAAACCCGAUCUAUCUGCCCGGAACGCUUCGGGGAGGUUCAGGCAGCCGUCGACGCUGCAGCGCAGGAGAAGGAGGAAACUUUGUUGAAUAAAAACGAACAUGUCCGCAAGAUCAAUGCUCUGCGUCGCGAGCGCGAGCAUGCUGCAGCUGCAGCCGCAGCGUAA